ACAGACACCAUGGAGAAACCGUGGAAAUGUGGAGCCUGUGGGAAGGGAUUCAGAUCCCCAUCUGUGUUGGAAAUUCAUCAAUGCAGUCACACUGGGGAGAGGCCAUUCGCCUGCUCAGAGUGUGGGGAUUCACGCGACUAACCCACCUCACUGCACACCAACUUGCUCACUCUGACAUGAGACCUUUUAAAUGUUCCAACUGCGAGAAGAGCUUUAAAAGAAAACAAAAUCUGCUGACUCACCAGCGAGUUCACACUGGGGAGAGGCCAUUCACCUGCUCCGAGUGUGGGAAGGAAUUCACUCAGUUAUCCAGCCUUCAGUUACACUGGCGAGUUCACACUGGGGAGAAACCAUUCGCCUGUCCUGAGUGUGGGAUGGCAUUCACUCAGUUAUGCAAACUGUCGGAUCAUCAGAGAGUUCACACCGGAGAGAGACCGUUCACCUGCUCUGUGUGUGGGAAGGGAUUCGCUCAGUUAUCCACCUUGCUGAGACACAAGCGCAUUCACACUGGGGUGAGACCAUUCACCUGCUCCAAGUGUGGAAAGGGAUUCACUCAGCUCGCCCAACUUACUUCACACCAACGUGUUCACUCUGACACGAGACCUUUUAAAUGCACCAACUGUGAGAGGAGCUUUAAAGGCAAAAUGGAUCUGCUGACUCACCAGCGCACUCACACUGGAGAGAGGCCAUUCACCUGCUGUGUGUGUGGGAAGGGAUUUGUUCUGCAUUCCCUCAGGCUGAAACACCAGCGCAUUCACACCAGGGAAAAAUCUUUCAACUGCUCCAUGUGUGGGAAGGGAUUCUCUGGUUCAUCAACUCUGCAGACACACCAGCAAGUUCACAAGUUGCAGGGGUUGGAUUCUGCUCUUAUUGCUGCUGUUAAUCACAUCCAGGAGUGAACCAUGUUUGUUCUGAAAGUUGGAGUUUGUUUCAGUUGAUAUUAAUAAUCUCUGUA